AUGUGGUCUUCGGAUGAAUAUAAGGAAAUGGCAAUCCCCGAAGUGGACUUCAUGGAGUCUCUUGUGACAAGCGAAUUCUCCAGCCAGCUUGACGCUGCCCUCGAAGCUCUCGAAUCAGUGAUCACUUUACCCACGAUGUCAUAUCGUGCUCAACGAUCUGCCAAACCGAUCGGACGUCGUCCUGGACCGAAGAUACCAUGCGAUGACUGUAUAGUCAAGGCUAGCCAGCGUAGCAAGAAACUUCCCAACCUCGAACUCUGUGACGAUUGCUCUAGAGGGGCAUUGCGCCCCAAGAAACACAAGCGACUGACGCAGAGAACUCCUCACAUUCGAACAGCGGCUUCGCCAACCGCUGAUGACGCACCAGCAGCUCGAGAAUUGUGGUGGAGCAGCAAUCAGCUUGAGCAACAUGCUUUACAGUUCUUUGUUUCAAAUAGUGCACCACAGCUGGCGGGAUACUUCGACUCCUCGUUCUGGCAGCGGACGGUACUGCAGGCAGCUCGCCACGAACCAGCUGUCAAGCAUGCACUUGCUGCUAUUGGAGCGUUGCAUGAGAAGCUACUCCUUGGAGCGAUUGAAUAUGAUGCCGACUUGCAAGAUGAGAGGGCGAAGUUUGCGCUCGAGCAAUGCAAUAAAAGUAUAACACACCUAGUCGACCCCCUCGUAGCUGACGCAGUACCAAACCUGAAGCUGCUACUGACGACAUGCAUCCUUUUCACUUGCUUUGAAGCCUUGCAAGGCCACUGCGAGCAGGCGAUAUUGCACGCAACCCAAGGCUAUGGUAUUCUACAGCAAUGUGCUGCUAGUGGUAAAGAGGAUAUGAAAGCCUUCGCAGUCGAGCUUGAACAACUCACCAUACUCAUGCGGAGACUUCAGACGCAGUCGAAAGGUUUAAUGGCGAAGACUAUCAAUAUCGUACCAGACCCGGCAGCCAUCAAUACUCGGAGACCAACAGAUUUCGAAUCGAUGCGUGAGGCAAGAGAAGGACUAGAGCUCGUUCUCAACCAGUUGACCGUGUAUAUUAUGGAUCUGGAGCUUGACGACAAUUACUACGACAUGGCUGUGAGCAAUGCAGAGAAAGAGUUACUGUUCGGACCAUGGCUGGCAGACUGGGAGAAAGCAUUCUCAGCAUACCUUGUCAAUCACCAAAACGAGUUCACGCCUAUUGAACGCAAAGGCGCGAUGAUUCUGAAAGCACAUCAUGUCUUUACAGAGAUCCUAGCAGAGCUGGAUCUGUCUCUUGGCGAACUUGGAUGGGAUGUCUUCCUUCCAAAGUUCAAGGCCAUCGUAGAUCUGGCAGAAGCAGCUCUCGAAGACAGCAAGAUUGGCGAUUUGUCGACGAUCGAAGCUAGGUGGAAGACCAGUGGCGUCUUUAUCUCUUCGCCAGCAGCCUCAUUGUCCUUCACACUGGGAAUUGUCGAUCCGCUGUACGAAUUCAUCAUUCGUAUCGAGGAAGACGGGCCAGGUACUCCUCCCAAGACGGCAGCAGAUAUUCCUGUUGAAGACAGGGUAUCAUCAGCUUGGUUCGAUUUCUCAGACAAAUCGACUGCAGAAGCAGCAAGAGGGACAAUAGCGUAUGUCAAGACUGGAUCGCAAGCAAAGACUGUCAUGGCUCCACACACGGGCGUAUUCGAGCAAGAAUAG